GCCAAGAUGCAGAUCUUCGUGAAGACCCUGACGGGGAAGACGAUCACGCUGGAGGUCGAGAGCAGCGACACCAUCGACAAUGUCAAGGCCAAGAUUCAAGACAAGGAAGGCAUCCCGCCGGACCAGCAGCGGCUCAUCUUCGCCGGGAAGCAGCUGGAGGACGGCCGGACGCUAGCAGACUACAACAUCCAGAAGGAGUCGACGCUGCACCUGGUGCUCCGCCUCCGCGGCGGGAGCAGGGGCCAUUACAUCAUCAAGGAGCCCAACCUGCUGCAGCUCGCGCUCAAGUACAACGAGAAGAAGAUGGUCUGCCGCAAGUGCUACGCCCGCCUCCCAGCUCGCGCCACCAACUGCCGCAAGAAGAAGUGCGGCAGCACCGGAGAGAUUAGGGCAAAGAAGAGGUUCAUCAGCAAGACCAAUACGCUCAACUGAAGAAGUCGUCGAGGACAGAAAAUUAGAAUAGAUUCGCUCUAGCUAGUUAUGUUUUGGUGGCCUCAACUUUAUAUACCAG